GGUUCCAUCUGAUCAUCCCCACACACUCCUUUUUUCCCUCUCUUUAGUACUCCUAUAGACUAGUCUUCUACUAUAAUGUCAAUGCAAACAGACUCUAUAAAGAGAGAGAUGAUAAGAGAGAACAGCGAAGGAGUGAAGUUCAAGUCUUCUUCCAAACCUCAAACACCUUUUUCUUUAUACCAUAAAAUCAACAAACCUCUGACCUUUUCUCUAAUCUUAUCUCUUUGCAUCUUCUUCUUUUUCUCAACAAUGUCUUCUGGUUUCUAUCCUCAACGACCCUGAAAAGCCACCAUUGACGAGUCCAUGGAGUUCGACCUUGAAAACCCUUUUACAGAUUCCCAAGACCUCAACUCUGACUCGGUCGCUUCUCUGUUUCUCACCGAGUCUGAUCACAUGCCAUCUCAGAGUUACUUCUCGAGUCUUCAGGCUGGAGAUUUGGACAUACUUGUUAGACGAGAAGUUAUUGCUUCAAUCUCACAGUUCUCCUGUAACUUCGAUCCUCUCUUAUCAUACCUCGCAGUUAAUUAUCUCGAUCGGUUCCUAUCUUGCCAUUUAAUGCUGCAACCAAAGCAAUGGAUUAUAAAGCUGCUUGCAAUCUCUUGUGUUUCUUUAGCUGCAAAAAUGAUGAAGAAAACAGAGUUUCCAAUCACUGAUUUUCAGGGUGAUGGUGGUAUCAUUUUUGACACAAGAACAAUAGGAAGAAUGGAGACCCUUAUUUUGGGAGCUCUCAAAUGGAGAAUGCGUUCAAUCACUCCCUUCUCUUUUAUGCCCCUUUUCAUUUCUCUUUUCAAACUUCAAGACCCACCACUAACUCAAGCUCUCAAGGCUAGAGCUGUUCAAAUUAUCUUCAAAGCUCAAAAAGAUAUUAACUUAUUGGUUUACAACCCAUCAGUAGUCUCUGCAUCGGCUCUACUCUCUGCCUCGCACGAGCUUUUCCCUCUGCAAUUUCCAUGCUUUCAAAAUGCACUUUCCAACUGUUCAUAUUUAAACAAAGACAACUUGCUCCACUGUUACAAUGCUUUACAAGCCGUGGUGUUAGAGGAGUACGAGUCAGUGUCCGAGGCAAUUUCAAGCACGGUCACGCCGGUCAAUGUGCUUGACCAGAUUUUUUCAAGCUCAGAGAGUGGAAAUACCAAUGGAAAAUCCACUGUGACCACUCUACGAUUAGAGAGAGACAUUAAGAGAAGGAAAAUCAGUCAUUAUUGCCACAAGCAAACGGUUCAUGUUUCUCAGAUUCGCCAGUUCUGAUAAGACUACUGAUUUCACAGCUUAUCUUUUGGUUCAUUUGAGAGUGUGACACCCCCUACAGCUAUUGCUACUGUCUUUUUAAGCUAUAAGCUUUUAAAGCUCGAACUGCCACCAAUGUAGCCCAAAAAAAGAAAAAGAAAAAGAAAAAGAAAAAUAUUAAAUUUGAAAGAAAAAAAAUGGAAGAAGAUAGAAAAAAAAAAAAAGGCAAUAGGGUGAACUACUGAGAAGCCUGAUCUAAUAUGAGAGGUUGAUAUCAUGAUGGACCAAGUCACUGUUGCAUGGUCUCAGUACGGCUUAUUACAGUUCAUUAGCCAGAAAAACAAGUAAAAAUAUUAGCCCCAAAAAGAAAAAGAAUGAAUUUUUUUGUUUCUUUUGUUUAGGAACCAAACAACGACAAAACACAACUUUGAAUUUGUAGGGUUGAUUUCUCUGUUU